UGGCUGGUUGACACUGGGACUAAGCGAACAACAAACACAGGCACAACAAGGUCAUAUUGACGGAUUACUUACCAAAAAUGUGCGGAAUGACUUGCCAUCAUCGGUCCCAAACGUCAUGACUGGCUCCACACCCUCUAUCCAAAAUUCUCUUGAAAGACCAACAAGUAGAUAUUUUAAAAACUCGGAGACGAGAGCGAAAAUACGGGCGAGCUGGACGAAAGAAAGAAGACAAAAGUUUGGACAAAAAAUAGCAAUUAUAAACAGAGGCAGGAAGCAUACACUGCAAGCCCGAGAAAAUAUGAAAAAAAGUCGUGUGAAAGUAUCCAAGACAGAAUCUCAUAAAAAGAAGCUGUCCGAUGCCAUGUUCAAAGUACAUGCUCUCAAAAAGGAGAUUCAAAGAAAGAAUCCGUAGCAUUGCGGCUUGUUUCACACUUUCGUUUGUCUUUCUUUCAUACUGUUUGUUGCUCUCGGGUCUUAUGAUAAAAAGUGCAUUUCCCGGCCGUAAAGAAUGUGGUUGUGCCAGUUCCUUCUCUGAAAGUUACCACCAACCAGAAAUGAGAAAAAUGAGAACACAAACACUACUUCAAUCAAUUUUUGCGAUCUCAUCAGUCUUUGUUGGAGUACGUUCAACAGUUUCUCCCAAAAAUGAUGAUCGCGAUUGGCUUACUUUAGCGACGGGAUCAUCAAGUGGUGUGCAAGAAGUGCAGGCCUCUUCGGCCAGACAUCAAUCUUCAUCAAGUCACGUACAGCAACACCAUCAGCAACACCCGCAAGAAGCACCCAUGCAGCAAGCUUCGACGAUGACACAGCGCAAUGAGGAUAAUAUGCCAAACAAGAAACCUUGCAAAAGCACACUACCACGGGGAAGAGGGCAGUACACUAGAACGUAUGAAACCAUCGAGAAACACCGAGCUUAUUGGACUCCGGAGAAGAGAAUGAAACAACGAGAAACAAGUCGUAGACUGAGAAUCGGAAAGGUCUUAAGCGAAGAAUCAAAGAAGGACAUGAAACCAAAGAAAACAGGUAGAAUAGUCAGUGACGCAACUCGAGAGAAGAUGCGAAAAGCUCAUUUGGGUCAUAAGCCAAGUGAAGCUACAAUACAAAAGAUACGAGAAACCAAAAAACGAACAAGGGAGCAAAGGGAGCGAAAGAGUGAUAAGCAACCACCAGACAAAGAGGCAAAAGGGUAAAUAGCCUUUGUGCUCUGCACCGUAAAUUCAUGGGCUUUGUUUGCGUACACUAUUUUCUUUGUUUAUGUAGCGCCUUCGUGAUUGUGUAGA